ACCACUGCCGCCGCCGCUGCGCGGGAGUCGCUGUCCGCGGAGCCGAUAUGCAGGCGGCGCGGGGCGGCGCGGGGCGGCCGGGCCGGGAGGGCCGCGGGCUGCAGCGUGAGUGCGAGCGGCCACCGGGUGCAGGAGCCGCCAUGCCCCCAGGGCCGUGCGCCUGGCCGCCCCGCGCCGCGCUCCGCCUGUGGCUGGGCUGCGUCUGCUUCGCGCUGGUGCAGGCGGACAGCCCCUCGGCCCCUGUGAACGUAACCGUCAGGCACCUCAAGGCCAAUUCUGCAGUGGUCAGCUGGGAUGUCCUGGAGGAUGAGGUUGUCAUCGGCUUUGCCAUCUCUCAGCAGAAGAAGGAUGUGCGGAUGCUCCGCUUCAUUCAGGAGGUGAACACUACCACCCGAUCCUGCGCUCUCUGGGACCUGGAGGAGGACACGGAGUAUAUCGUCCAUGUGCAGGCCAUCUCUAUUCAGGGACAGAGCCCAGCCAGUGAGCCUGUGCUCUUCAAGACCCCGAGAGAGGCCGAAAAGAUGGCCUCAAAGAACAAAGAUGAGGUGACCAUGAAGGAGAUGGGGAGGAACCAACAGCUGCGAACGGGCGAGGUGCUGAUCAUUGUCGUGGUCCUCUUCAUGUGGGCAGGUGUUAUAGCUCUCUUCUGCCGCCAGUAUGAUAUCAUCAAGGACAACGAACCCAAUAACAACAAGGAGAAAACCAAGAGUGCAUCAGAAACCAGCACACCAGAGCACCAGGGUGGGGGUCUCCUCCGCAGCAAGAUAUGAAACCUUUUCAGUGCUUGCUCUGAGCAGCUCAGAAGACAGUAGAGAAUGCGAGAGGACCUCACUGUUCUGACGAUGAUUGUCCAACAUGCAUCUGGCCCUCUCUGCAUCUCCUCCCACCUCCAUCUUCUCGUAUCAUCGGGCUUACUAUCCUCUCUCUUGGCUCCUCUCUUUCUGAUGUCGGUUCCUGAAGCCUCUAACUAACCCAUAACUCCAGGAGCACCUCAACAAUGUCCGUGGCUAGGGCUACACCGGGAGACAGAGCUGCAGAAUGAGAGAGACCCAGCCGGAGGGAUGCCAUUGCUGGAGAGUUAACUGAGUGCCAAGGCUCUUGGCACAGGACUCACAUCUGGGCCACUCAGCUUGACCAAAGGCUGUGUGUGAAAGGGAGAAAGACAAGACUUCCAGGCAGGGCUAUUCUUUUUGUUUCUGCGAGGGACAAGAGCCUGGCUUUUAGGCUGCAGCCUCACUGUCCCUUUUCUCAUCUGUCCUGUUUCCUACCUUACAAGAAGUCCAUUCAACUGGCUCUGGCCACUUCUCUUGUUUGUUCCCUUCCCGGUGAACAUCCUCAAAGCAUGGAUAACCCCAUCUGCAGGGGAUGGGCUUCAUCCUCUGCUGGUCCCUGUGUCCUUCCUGGGCACAGGGUGAAAGCUGUAAAAGCGGUGGGGGCGCAGCUAGCCACAGUUUUUCCUUUUUCCCCAUCUUAGUCUAACGGAGGAGGCUGAACUGCAAACCCAAAUUCUGCAAAAAAUCAAAUAAACCACAAAGCUAGAAGGCUACACCCCAUUCUGAAAAAGGCACAAGUACAUGGGAGAGUCCUGCUUUCCUUCUCCUGGACUGGCUUCCUCUGAGAAACUGCACAAAGCUCUGGGAGAGAGCAGAUACCAAGACUGUCUGAAGCUGCGUCUGUCAGACCAAUGGCACCAGGGAGGCUGCAGGGCUGCCUGCUUUUCAGGGUCUGGACUCCAUCAAACACUUUCUGCAUUCAGCCACUAAGGACAUGCGUGGUAUGAGGUGCACCUUUGCAAAUGCGUAUGAUGCCAGUUGUUUGGACUCCUGGAAAACACCAUUGGAGGGCUGCACUCCAGAAUGUAGACGGCUCUGCCAAGGCCUGAGAUGUUUGCUUGCAUCUCUCUUGCACAAAGAUAGAUCUUUGUGGUGAGAUCAUCAGCGUGGAGUUUUAAGAAGCUCUGGAAGGUACUGCCCGCUUUUAAAGGAAGUGCCUUGGCUGUGGCAGUAGUGUCAGCUCGGAUAACUGACAACACCUGCAUCCUACAGCCUAGAGGCUGCUGAGCAAGCAGACAGGCAGAGAGCAGCCACUGUCACUACUGGCCUGGGGGUCUUUGGAUCUUGCCAUCUCAUUCAGGGUCCUCUGAAAGUUAUCCAGGGUUCUUAUCUACUUCCCUAGAGCUUGCAGUGGAAAAUGACAGCUAGCACUCUCUCUCUCUCUCUCUCUCUCUCUCUCUCUCUCUCUCUCUCUCCUUCCCUUCCCCCCUCCUCUCCUCUGCCCCUUCCUGGUUAAAAAAAAAAAAAAAAGGUGCUUGAUGAGGCAGCAGACUUCUCGGGACUGAAGUACGGUGGCUGCCAAAUGCCUGCAUUGGAAAAGGUGGACUCUACAUCUUCAGUCAGUGGCCAAGGUAGUGUGGGUGGCUGUUCCUAGCACAUAGUAGGUGCUUGGUAAAAUAUCUGUGGUACUGAAUGAUGAGCACAGGUGCCCAAGCCAGAGAGCUGAAAGCCAUCACCCAAUGACUGCCCCUUCAUUCGGGUCUGUAACAGCUCUCAAAGCUGGGUCAGCCGCCACUCUGCUUGCUCCAACUGCAGUAGUACAGGAAAGGAGAGGCGGAUAAGGGCAGAUGUCAGCAAUCCUAAGGGCUUCCUCCUGGGAGGGAAUGAGGUUCCACUCAUCGUCUGGUGACUUCCAUCCCUGCUGAGUGGGGCUGCAAGGCCAAGGCUCCUUAAGGGAGGUCCUUACCUCCGAUCCAGUUAGAGCAAUAACCACUUUUUAAAUGUAAAAUAAAGACAAAUGAAAAGGCA